AUGACUGAGAAAGAGAUAUUCUGUAAAAAAUUUAAAAAGUAUUUUUAGCUACUAAUUUUAGGAGGAUUUGCCAAAAUAUUGAUCCUUUUCUUCCUGAAAUAAAAUUUGUUCAACAAAAAAUUUCCUGCAAAUUUGAUACAGAUUUUAAAAUGGGAAGGGCUAAUUUACAAUAUGACUAGGAUCAGAUUUUAACUAUGAAUAAAUUAUAAAUAAAUUCCAAAGAAUUUUUCAGACAAAUGCCAGUGAGGAUUUUAUGUAAUUCUGGGUUCGAGAUUCCAUAUCUUCAAAUUACUUAUUCCAUUUGA